UAGUUAGAUAUUAGAUAGAAGUCAACUUUUGUUUUUACUAAAUGAAAUAAAGUGUUUAACAGCAAUCUAGAGCCAUACUGAUAUUUAUUUACUACUCCCGGUUACAUUAAUUGGCGACGAGGAUGGGAUUUUAUAUUUUAUUUACUACUCCCGGUUACAUUACAUUCCUAGACUGAUUCCUAGCCAUCUAUGUAUGACAGUAUGACAGACUACAGACUUAACCGGUCUACCAUUAGAUGUUGCCAAGUUUCAACUUCAUGGCUUGUUAUUAAGUAAAGGUGGCUAUGUUCUUCAAUGGUUUGUGCGUGGUUUGGAAUGAAAAUAACUAUAACUUCGGAACAUACUAUUCAAAUCUUUGAUGACAGAUGAUAACUGAAUUUGACAUUUCUUUAUACCCAUGUGGUUUUUUGACAACCUGGCUGAUGCAAUAGAUUUGGUAAAAGGGUUUUCUACCUAUAAAUUUACAAUAUAUUAUUAUAAAUAGACUAAACUCAUCAAUAAAAAAGUUUAAGCAAAUAGCCAUAUAGCUACAAUGGCCGAAGACGAUGCAAUCUUUGAUCCAACCCUCAAAAAAAAGAAAAAGAAGAAGAAGACCACUUUCGACAUUGAUGCUGCUCUAGCUGAAGGUAACAUUGAAAAUGAUUCAGGGAAUGCCCCAGCUGCAGAAGCUGAUAAUAUUGAAUCAAAACCUGACGAUGAUCAGGAUGAUGGAAAUGUGGACAUUGAUUUAGAUUUCACUAAAAAGAAAAAGAAGAAGAAAAAGCCUUUCUCAGCUGAUGAUUUAGAUUCUUCCCCAGCUGAUAAUAAAGCUGAAACUACUCAAGAUGGAGCUGGGGACAAUGAUGGGGGUAUGGAUGAUAACUUUGAUUUAGAUAUGGACUUUAGUAAAAAGAAGAAGAAGAAAACCAAGAAACCUAAGAAUUUAGACGAACUUAUUGCAGAAACUGAGGAGAAGGAUGAUGAUCAGGAGAAUGUAGAUGAAAAUUCAACACAAUGGGUCAAUUCCGAUCGGGACUACACAUAUGACGAAUUACUAAACCGUGCCUUUGAAAUAAUGAGAGAUAAAAAUCCAGAUAUGGCUGCCGGUAAGAAACAGAAGUUCGUCAUGAGACCUCCUCAAGUAGUCAAAAUCGGCGCCAAAAAGACGUCAUUUGCGAAUUUCACAGAGAUAUGCAAAAUGCUUCAUCGUCAACCCAAGCAUCUUUUAGAUUUUUUACUAGCUGAAUUGGGUACCAGCGGGUCUGUGGACGGUAAUAAUCAGCUCAUCAUUAAAGGAAGGUUUCAACAGAAACAAAUUGAAAAUGUACUCAGGAGAUACAUCAAGGAAUACGUCACUUGUCAUACAUGUAGAUCCCCAGAUACAAUUCUUCAAAAAGACACUAGAUUGUUCUUCUUACAAUGUGAAACGUGUGGUUCUAGGUGUUCUGUUGCUAGUAUUAAAUCAGGUUUCCAGGCUGUCACUUCCAAACGUGCUGCAAUUCGAGCCAAGACAGCAUAGGAACCUUAGAUAUUGCAAUACAAUAAUAAAUAGGCACUGUUACAGAAGAAAUUUCAAAGUGCUAAAGAAUAGGUGUUGUAUGUGUUAUAUAAUUUGUACUAUAAAUCUAGCUGAAUUGUUAAAUGGAAUUAACAAUCAUAUUAAUAUCAACAAUUUUAAUUAUAUAACUUUUUUAUUGAUUAUUAAAUUUUAAUAAACAGUAAAUAAUUAUUUAUAUUUUUCGUCCAUA